UUUUGAUGUCGCAUAAACUUUCAAAACAAACAAGCCUCUGUGUUUUAUCACAUAUAAAUGUGUCACAUUUCUUCACUUCCUCAUAUCUGUGGAAGAAACAAAAAACUUUAGCAGAUGCAAAGACAAAUACACACCUGAUAAAGGAUUUCAAAGCUGCCCUUAAGCUGUACUUGAACAGCAGGUGUCUCCACCACUUCAUGUCUGGGUUCAGUACAACUCCAAGGUCACGUGUCUCUUCAGGGUAAAACAACCUUCUUAUAUAACUGCAGUUGUAGUUUCGGCUUCUUUAGUGGAAACACAGAGAGAAGGAAAGAGCCAACAGAGCCAUCAGAUCAACACCUGAGACAACAAAGAUGGGUCUCCUGUCCUGGAUGGUGCUUUCACUGACUGUGUUGCCGCUUGCUGCAAACAAGUUCCCGCCUGUGAACGAGGCCCAACUGCAAGAUAUAGUUUUAAGAAUUUUGAAUGGCUACAGACCAACCUACGAGGUUGAAGGUCAAAGUAAAAGCCCCAUGUUCAGUCUGGUUGUGCGAAUCCCGUUCAACGGGAAAACUACCAAGUAUGAUAUCAGCCAAGUCUCUGAUGCUGCCAGCACCGUAAAGAAAACCAUCCUAGAUUGUGAGGUGUACACUGGAACAAAUAUAGUGGCAGCCACAGUUUUAAGAUGGCCUGAUGUUGUGUCUCAGUGUCCGAAUGGACGUGUUCAGUGGCGAACACGCAGCCAGGCAAGAACUUGGUUGGAGGCGUACCGUCAGAAUCCAGAGCUAUUUACUGAUGGCACAGCAGAUCAUGCAGAGUAUCGUAUUCUGCAGAAAUUACAAAGUUGGCCCAACAUUCACAAUAUGGGACAAGACCUGUUGCUUUUUUACGUCUAUGCUUCUCCAUGUACUACAAGAUGUACAAACAGCGACAAUAGGUAUAAUAUUCUGAGUCUCUUAACAAGCUACGUAAAGUUUAACAUGGUCUUUGUGUUUUCUAAAGUGCACCAGCCUAGAAAUGCCAAUAUACCUGAAGAGAACUUGCGGGAGGGUCUGAUGAGCCUGGGGGGAAAAAUCGGUCUGCAGCGCAUAUUUCGUUGUGAUAAAGUGAAUGGUAGGAUGAAAUGUGCAAACUGUAAUGAUAAUGGAAAUGUUGCUGGUUGGUGUUAUGAUGAUAAUAAACCGCCAGCCUAAAAAGGCAGGGGGUAAACAGUAGAUGGGGCUCCCAUGAUUCAUUACAUGAACUUUAGCUUUGCAGGAACAUGAGGUUUAUUUUUAAAAUAAUAUCUAAGUAUUUGUUAGUCAGCUGAGUCCAAUCUAUCUUCAUUUGAAUGUAACCCAAGCAAUUAGAGAUUAACUGAUUUCACUGACCAAGAAAUGAUGACGAAAACUGCAUUUUACAUUUCCUCCGGUUGUUUUUGUGUGAUAUUAAAGUUGGUUUCAUAAUCUGAAAUAUUAAAUGUGCAUUAAAAGAAAAAAACUAAUUCUCUGAGAAAAAACCUUUCUGCUGUGCUUUAUAUGUAUAUUUUUUCUGACAUUUGAUGUACUUUUACACAUUUGUGUAGGUUGCAGACAGCCAUCGGUGUAAAAUAACCCAGACUAUUAAAUUUGAUAAAUAUUUCUUGAAAUUAGAGUGUUGUUAUCAGAAUUUAUUUUAUUGAUUCAUAGUAUAUUCACAAUAAUGAUGUACUUACUGGACUUUAUUUGUUUUUAUGCCUUGAUUUUCCCUUCAGAAUAAAGUUUUGCUCAGCAUUCAG